AUCACUUUUGAGUUUAAUCAAAGAAAAUGGACUAUUGAUCCUUUCCUCUUAAGCCUAUAAACAAAUUAGAGUCUGUGAUGUAAUUGGAAGAGACCGUUAUUGACUUGAUCCUAUGUGAGGCAACACUCGGAACUGAGAAACCCUUAGAAUUCAAUUUCGCAUUUGGCAGAGAUGAGAGGAAACAAGUUUUGCUUUGAUUUACGGUACCUUCUCGUCGUGGCUGCUCUCGCCUUCAUCUACAUACAGAUGCGGCUUUUCGUGACACAGUCAGAAUAUGCAGACCGCCUUGCUGCUGCAAUUGAAGCAGAAAAUCAUUGUACAAGUCAGACUAGGUUGCUUAUUGACAAGAUUAGCCAGCAGCAAGGAAGAGUAGUGGCUCUUGAAGAACAAAUGAAGCGUCAGGACCAGGAGUGCCGACAAUUAAGGGCUCUUGUUCAGGAUCUUGAAAGUAAGGGCAUAAAAAAGUUAAUCGGAAAUGUGCAGAUGCCAGUGGCAGCUGUAGUUGUUAUGGCUUGCAGUCGUUCUGACUACCUGGAGAAGACUAUAAAAUCCAUCUUAAAAUACCAAACAUCUGUUGCAUCAAAAUAUCCUCUUUUCAUAUCCCAGGAUGGAUCAAAUCCUGAUGUUAGAAAGCUUGCUUUGAGCUAUGAUCAACUGACGUAUAUGCAGCACUUGGAUUUUGAACCUGUGCAUACUGAAAGACCAGGGGAACUGGUUGCAUACUACAAGAUUGCACGUCAUUACAAGUGGGCAUUGGAUCAGCUGUUUCACAAGCAUAAUUUUAGCCGUGUUAUCAUACUAGAAGAUGAUAUGGAAAUUGCGGCUGAUUUUUUUGACUACUUUGAGGCUGGAGCUACUCUUCUUGACAGAGACAAGUCGAUUAUGGCUAUUUCUUCUUGGAAUGACAAUGGACAAAGGCAGUUCGUCCAAGAUCCUUAUGCUCUUUACCGCUCAGACUUUUUUCCUGGUCUUGGAUGGAUGCUUUCAAAAUCAACUUGGUCCGAACUAUCUCCAAAGUGGCCGAAGGCUUACUGGGAUGACUGGCUGAGGCUCAAAGAAAAUCACAGAGGUCGACAAUUUAUUCGCCCAGAAGUUUGCAGAACGUACAAUUUUGGUGAGCAUGGUUCUAGUUUGGGGCAGUUUUUUAAGCAGUAUCUUGAGCCAAUUAAGCUAAAUGAUGUCCAGGUUGAUUGGAAGUCAAUGGACCUAAGUUACCUUUUGGAGGACAACUAUGUGAAACACUUUGGCGACUUGGUUAAAAAGGCUAAGCCCAUCCAUGGAGCUGAUGCUGUUUUGAAAGCAUUUAACAUAGAUGGUGAUGUGCGUAUUCAGUACAGAGACCAACUAGACUUUGAAGACAUUGCACGACAGUUUGGCAUUUUUGAAGAAUGGAAGUUUUGCAGCACAAAAGAAAAAGGCAGGUGCUCUCUUAGGGUUAGAGUGAGUAAUCAGAAUCCAAUUCCACAACUCAUCCCCUUCUAGGACUGAGGUGCGAAGGGGGGUGAAAUUGAAAUGCAUGCUUUCCCUUUCCCCUUUCACUUGUAGGGAUCUAUGGGCUUGGGGCCCAGUCAACUUUGUGCUUCUGGGCUUGAACAAAAACUGAGCUUUGCCAAUGGGCAAGACUUGAAUAGUAUUAAUUGCCUGUGGGCUGGCUGUUCUGACCUCACAUAUUUAUUAUUAUAAUUCAUAUGUUUUGAUAUUGAAAUUAUACUAUAAUAAAUAUUUGUUCUGGAAUAUAUACCUACAUGUAUAGAAUUAGCAUAAAGGAAAUAGGAGGUGAUUUUUCAAAAAAUUAGAUUAAUUUUUAGCAUUUACUUGUUUUAUUUGUGGCUUUGGUUACUUGGUCAAUUUGUUUACUAUAUUCUUAAAAAAAUGCAAACUAAGUUGCUAUAAAGUCAGAUUAUAUUUAAUGUUAUGUUUUCAUAUUUUGAAGAUAAAUUCUUAUAAGGCCCAUUUGUUGCUCAUGAUCGUCCUCCUCUGCUAUUAGUUGUCAUGUUUCUCUCCACUACCAUUUUUCCCGUUUAAUUGCUACUUUGAUUUGCUUGAGCCAAGGGUCUUUUGAAGGAAACUCUCUACAUCCGAGUGGUAGUGGUAAGGUUUGUGUACACUCUACCCUCCCCAGAACCCAUUUUGUGGGAUUUCAUUUGUAUGUUGGUGUUGGUGGUGGUCAGUCCUACUCUAGGAGAAGGUAUUCAUGGAAUUGAAAUUAGGCCAUGAUGUGAUGCAACAUGUAAGUGAAACCCGGGUUAGGGUAAUCUUUGUUAAUAUGGAUUAUUGACCGGCCCCAUGUUGGUUCUUACCCCGGACCAUGGACAGUUCCACUCGCAGUAGCUGUGAGCCUGUGACUGGAUUUGUCCUCUGUCAUGGGCUCAUGGUUCUUCUGCUUUCUGUAAAACUUGCAUUAACUGUUCAUUU